UCAUAGUGUCUAGUGGACGCAGCACUCGUUGCUGAGUUUUGCUACGUCGGCCGCUGAUACACGUCUGUUGUUUUCACUCCGACUGGAUAAAUAUCGAAUUAACAUCAUGAUCUCUUUAAAGACUUUUACUUUAGCGAAUUUUUUACUGGUAUUAUACAUUUCCAGUAGCAAUGCCAAGGGAGUAGAACAUGUCACUUGUGGCUCAGUUUUAAAGCUGAUGAACACAGAUUUCCGAGUACGCUUGCAUUCCCAUGACAUUAAAUAUGGUUCAGGAAGUGGACAGCAAUCUGUUACUGGAGUUGAAUUUAAAGAAGAUGGAAAUUCAUAUUGGUUGGUCAAAGCUCCUACAGGAAAACACUGUACAAGAGGAGAACCAAUUAAGUGCGGAGACACUGUAAGAUUGGAGCACGUUGCAACAAAGAAAAAUCUUCACUCGCAUCAUGUCAGUUCACCUCUUAGUGGGAAGCAGGAAGUUUCAGCUUAUGGAAAAGAAGGAGAUGGUGACACUGGUGAUCAUUGGAUGGUAGUUUGUCCAGGAGACAAUUGGGAACGAGAUGAUCCUGUCAUGUUUAAACAUAUUGAUACUGAUGCAUACUUGGCAGUCACUGGUAGAACUUAUGGUACACCAAUAUCAGGACAAAGUGAAGUGGUCGGUGAAUAUUCCAGCACUGGUUAUGUUCAUUGGCAGGCUAUGGAAGGUCUAUUUAUUCAUCCCAACAAUCUUAAAAGUGCACACUAUGAGCACACUGAACUAUAAUGUGUUUUUUAUCUUCAUUCCUGUGAUGGUGCAAUUCAUAUCAUCCAAGUGUGAUUUUGUGUGGAUUGAAUGUUAUGUAAAUAUGUAUGUGCUGUAGCAAAGAACAUAAAAAUUAAUUAUGAUAAUUUUAUUUAUAUAAUUUAAUUGAAAUAUUGAAUAAACACAAAGAUUUAGUUAUGAAAA